AUGAGGUACAACAUACCAACAUUGUUGGCACUGUGCCAGGACACAGGUGUGCACUGCAAGUGGACCAGUGAAGCAAGACACUGCAUACGGAUGGAUCCCGAUCGAAGCAAGAAGCCUAUCCUUGCAGAAAACCCGAGAAAUCAACCGACUAGAGAGUCAGUCAGGUCAUCGCGACCGAACAAAAAUUCAGCAUCUAAAGCCCCCAAGAAUCGCCCGACUCGUACCGGCAAAAAGCCUGUUGAACCUGUGUUCUCCACGAAUGACACAGGCACACCUCCCCGAAACACCAGCGAGUCACGGCCGGGGGGAAAAAUCGUUCCAAUGGAGCCACCAAGGCCACCCCGUCGUGGUGGCUCGUCUGCACAAAUGGCUGUAAUGAAUGACGACGAAUCCAUUGUUCCACAUGUCUUCGUUGGUGAUCAACUUGUGACUGGCAACAGAGGAACACAACAGAACUUCAUCACUCGUUCUUCGACAGAGUCUGAUAAUAACUUGCGUGAGCAGUUGGCAUGGCCUCUGGCAGCAAGCACACUCCAGUUCACAGCUCCCGCCGAUCCACGGGACUCGACUGCUUCCCAAACAAUGGGAUCAGACGUUCCAUAUGAUGAAUGGAUUGAGCACCAACCCCUAGACGAAGUCAAUCCAGAGUUCAUUCAGCACACCCCGAACGCAGUGCAGUGCAACGAGCUCACCCGUCAGGCUGAGGAGCGCCGGGGAGGAUGGUUCUUGAUUCAGACUCAGAUUAACUAUGAAGAUGCUGCAAUUUCGCAGAUUGUGUCGUUCAUGUCCCCGUUUGAUAUUCCCUCGGGCGACGACUUCUAUGCUCGAUAUGUAAAACUGGCGUGGAUGUGCGGCCCUGACGCCAUGAUGGAGGCAAAGACACGACUGAAUAACAAACUCCGGAAUCAUGAAAGAUAUCUGGAGGAGGUUAACGAAGUGAUCGCGAUGGACCCACACAUUUCACCUGGCGAUUGGUGUUAUGACUUGCGUGUUUACAACAUCAAUGAACGGGCAAGAGUACUCGAUGCUCUUGACCAAUACGAUGAGCUCAUGGACAGUCAAGGGACAGAUGGCAUGAACAAUCCCAAUUAUCCAGGGGGUAUUGCCUUCCACCCAGCCCAUCAGAAUCCCACCCACAUGCACAUGCAACCCGGAAGAGCUACCGAUCGUGGUUCAGAUGAUAAUAACCUGUGGAGUGAUGGUACCAAUGAGGUUGAGCGUGCUAGCACCAAUCGUGGAAUCGAGAUUAUUGACCCUGACACCGGUCUUCCCAUCCAAUUUCAGAGACAACCCUUAACAACAACAAGCAGUAACAACCGCAAUGGUACAGGCCGCACGAAACGGAAGUACUCAAACUGUGAUAAUAUGUCGGUUGAUGGAAGCUCAGAGUUGUUGAUUCGUGAUGAUGCAAAUGGAAAUCGCAACAGAAGCAGAAGAAACUCACUCUCCGAUCACACUCAGGUUGAUAGAAGAUCAGAGUUGUUUCACGAUGGGAAUGGGACAAUCGGCAAUGUGCCUACGGGAGGCAAUGACCCGCUCUUUGAUGCCAAUAGCCGAUUGGAUGGUCUCUUUUCUCUUGGGAUGGGUGCUAAUAUGGAAAACAAUGGAACCAUACCAUGGAUCCCCAAGGAGAACUGGUCAGAACAUCGUCCGAGAACCGGAAAUCGUAUCAGUAGAACCUUGCCUCGGAACUUCGGCCGAAAUUUGAGAUUGGCAUUGCAUUCCAUUACUGAACUCGACCACGAGAACGCGAUCGAACUAACUGACACGCCUGGAAACCACGGGAAUACACCAAACCUCGCAUUUAGUGGCACUGAGGAUGAGGUGAACCACGGUGCAACCCAUAAUGGGCUUCGUUAUCUUCAGAAUGAACGCUGCGUCGCAUCAGUUUUGAGCAGUUCAGACGACGAGCAGCAGAUGAUGAGGGAUUCUAGCCCUGGACCUGGACCAAACGAAGAGAUGCUCUCAGAGCGUUCCUUUGAUCGGCAGCACAGAGGUACUGAGGUGGUGGAUUACCACGCGCCUCUCAUUCCGCCGGACUUUUUCGAUGUGUUUGUCGUAGACGUGGAGGGUGAUCGGGAAGUGAAAGGAUCCGGUGAAAGGAGAGGAUGUCCCUCAGCCGAACAAUUAGAGGAUGCCAUGCACCACAGCCGCAGUGGGAGCUUCACCCUCACAAUGAAUAGCCUCGGAGCGGAUUACCCAGACGAGAUAUCGGAUACACCUUUGUUGUCGCGGGAUAGCCCAUACCAGCGGUAUAGCCCAUACGACCGGUAUAGCCCAUUGUCCCGGAAUAGCCCGAGCAGGGCGAUCUCAAGGUCGAGUGUCCGCCGUAGGCACUAUGUACCUGUGGGUGGUCUCAGCAGCUAUGGGUCUCGUAUGAUCACGUCAAGCCUGAAUGCCCGCCGAAGACAUGACGCACGUGAAAAUAUCCGAAACGCUCGUCGGUCGCUUAUGAAUUCAUCGAGAUUGAUUGACGACUUGAGAGACGAAGUACCUGCAACGACUGUCCUGGGGUUCGAUGUGCUAGACAGUCAACAAAACACCAAUUACUUGCCUAUGCAUUCGACGCAGUUGAUUGAUGCCAGUGUACGACAUACUGCGCCCGCUAUUGUGAACACUAGCAGAAUCAAUGCGUAUGCGUAUGCUUACCUUUGA